CUCAUCCGCCCCUGUUUCGUUGUUUGGCUAAAGAUGGCGUUAGCGGCUAACACAGGCGUUUGCAUUUUGUUUCACAAAAAUUAUUUGACUAGUAGUAACAAAACAUUGAUGAAAUAGAGCUUUAAUUCGUUAUUUGAUGUGCAAAAAUAUUCAACAUUGAGCAAAUACACGUCCUUUGCGCAGAACAACGCUUGUUCGUGCUUCUCACGAUGUAGGCCUGUUUUUAAGGGAGCGGACCGGAGCUGCUGGAACUCCAUCUCCCGUCAGCAAGUGCGGCCGAAGCGUCAGGUGGUACCGUUUUUCUUUUUCCUGCUGGUAUGUGUAGUUUUAUGUCAACUGUUUUGCGGAAACUUUGAGAGAGUCGCGGAUUAAAGUUAUACGGACGCAUUUUAAUCAACAUAAUAAAUCCGCAACAUCUUACUGGAAACGUCCACCGUGCCCCAACAUGUCUGUGAUAUCUGUUUAAACUGGAGGAGGAAAAGUGUCGAUCCCACUGUCUGCCAGUGAGAGACACCAUGGCUGCAUUACACGUGCAAGGUGACUGGAAAUCCAAAGACGGGCCCUCAUCAUCACCAGAGUCUUCGUUGAACUGGUGCUUGACUCACCUCUCCAAACCCAGAUCAGGGGCUGAACAGCAGGCCCACGGCAAGGCUGACCCUGGUGGUUGCAGGGAACUCGAAAAGAGGUUCAGAGUCUCUCAGUGGAGAGCCCUGGUUGCCAUCCGGACACAACACAUCAAGGGUGACAAGGCUGGCAUUGCCAGAUUCAGAACCCUGGGGGGUCUUAGACCUUUGUUGGACCUGCUGAAACACCCGGAGUGUUCCAGGAAGACGUUAGACCUGGCUCUGAGCAUCCUGGCCAACUGCUGCACCGAAGGGGAGACGCGCGUAGAGGUCCGCAAGCUUGAUGGGAUAAAUAUUGUAGUGGAGAUCCUGAAGAGAAACGUAGCCCUGGAAACCGUUCAGAACCGAGCAGCUAGAGCCUUGGGAAACCUGGCCAUGGAUCCCGAGAGCUCAGCGCUCAUCCACUCCGCUGGUGGUGUUCCUCUUCUCCUCCACAGCGUGUCUUUUUCCACAGCCUCAUCCUCCCCCACUGCUGCUUCCCCCAAAGAGCCCUGUCCUAAACUGGAGUGUGCGCAGUCAGCUGCCCGGGCCCUCCUCUACCUCUCAGACACACCGGCGAACCGCCUGUCGCUGCUCACCCAAGGGACCCUAUCGGCUCUCGCCCCUCUCAUUGCUCCUGAAUAUCCCCAGGGGCUGCGGCGGACUGCGCUCAGGACCCUCCAUGAGCUGACACGGGGCUGUGGUGUUGAAUGUGCCAGGGAGGUGUCCCGUUCUGGGGUUCUUGCUCAGCUUGGUGUCAUGGCGUCAGGGGAGUCUGGCAAACCGUUUGAAGAGCUGUCACUGAAGACUCUGGCCAACAUGUGCUCUCAAGGCUGCCUGCGCCCUCUGGUGGGGUCACUGGGGGUGAUUCCUAAGUUCACAGAGGAAGCCAAAAGAGACCCUUUAAAGGCUGGAGUUUUCCUCAAAGCAUUGUGUCUGUGCUGCAAGGAGGCAGUCAAUCGGGUGAAGGUAAAGGAGAGCGGCGGACUGGAAGUUUUAAUCGGCUUUUUAUCUGCACACAAGGCUCAUCCACUCUCCCGGUUAGCCAUCCUGGCCUGCGCAGACUUUGUUUUUGAUGAAUCCGCCAUGGAGCAGCUGCAGGAGUUGGGUCUGGUGCCUCUGCUUGUUGCUAGACUAGUUGAACUCACCAGGGGAGAGGAACUAUUUGCUGAGAAGAUGGAUGUGAGCCUCUCAUCCAGCAUGUCUCCAAAUGAACUUUUGCCUUCGGCAUGUUUUGAGUCCUUCGACUUUCCUGCUCCGGAGGGCUACAAGAAAGAAGAAGCUGGAAGGGAGCAAGGUUUAUGUUCGUCAAGCUUUCUAAGUCUCAGGUCCUGGUUGCUGUCUGAGGGAUUGAUUUCCUCUGAGGGGGACCUGGAAUCUUCCAGUGUUGAUGAGGAAUGGGGGAGCCUUCAGAUUCCUCCAUCACCAUAUCCCCAGACCUCAUCCCCAAACUCUGAGUCGAAUUUCUCUCCGAGAAAUAUAUCCAUAUCCAACCCAAAUGUUUCUUUUGCUAAAAAGGCAGCUCAGAUGUCCCCAGUGUCCUUUUCAGCUCACCCCCAACCACCAUCUUCCUGUAAAACCAGUGAGCCACUUUCCUCUGUUCCUCAGUCAUCCAGUGCGCUGUCACCCCAAAACCAGACCACAUCCUCAAAACCCACACACACCCCAGUUUCUCCAUCCAAGUUCUCAUCUCCUCACAAAAGAAGGCAACGAACCCAUUCAGCAAAUUACUUGACUAAGGUCACUCUUGAUACCCCUCCCUGUGUUCCCCGGCCAGCGUACCACCAUCCCUACCACCCUGAACCAUGGACACCCGAAUCUCCCAUCCUGCUUCUGUUGUCGCGUUUCUCCCACGCCACCGACCCAAGUCCUGCUCUCGUCAGCGCAGGUGUCAUGUCUGGCUUGCUCUAUUACCUCACCCGGCACCAGGACCCCAGCAGCAGGUGCUUUCGCAUUCUUUGCCGGCUGAGUUGCAACCCAAACUGUUUGCAGGCCUUGGUUCGAACCGGUUCUGUAGCACUGAUUCAUCACCAUCUUUGUCAGACAGAGGGAGGAGAGAGGGAGCCUGACAGAAUGAAAGACAAGGUUAAACAUCUAGGUGUCGCUCUUCUCAACAAUCUGCGUGUCCAGUGUGAGUCUGGUUUUGGCUCUGGGGUUCUUGCCCAUGUGAUGCUGUCAGGCUCCGACUCAGACAAGAUCAACUGUGCACUGUCGCUGCCAUUAAUCAGCAGCAACAAGUCCCUGCUGAAGAAACUUCUUCUGGACACUGGUGGGCUGCUGUUAGCGCUGCAGCCACUUGGCUAUGAUGACAAUCAUGGGGUUGAAGAUCAACCUGCUGCAUGUGGAAAGCUGCUUUCUGACCUGUUCACGUCACCACUUUCAGGCCUGACUCCUCACCUCCCCUCGCUGUACUUCUCGCUCCUCAUAGGAUGCUUGUCCACCCUGACGGAUGGCAUUAAAACCAAGCUCGACAAAAAACACAUCAAACCAACAGAGCUCGUUGGUACAAUGGGCAGAGUUUCACCUCCUCCAUCAAAAAGAGCUCGUCUAGCUGAUACCUGCUCCUAUGGUGUGUCAGACUUCAACAUCCUUUUCUUGCUGGACGAUGGGACCCAAGUCCCAGCCAACAGUGAACUUGUGUCUAGAGUGGAUGACACACACGGGGCUGGCUCUGAAUACUUCAGGGGGCUGCUGAGAGGGUCUUUUGAAGAAACUCACAGUGUUACUAAAGAGGCCAUCCACAUCAGAGAUGUUAGCCCAGGUAUGCUGCUUCCGGUACUGCAUUAUCUGCAUGGGUGCCGCUUCAGAACAGACACAGAAAGCUUAAAAGGAGUGGAUGAAGGCGAGAGGAGAGGACAGUGUCAGGUUUUGGAAAUCUUGGCCGAUGAAGGAUUAAAUAUCUGGAGAGAGGGGGCAGAUGAACAUUCUACAAAAGUCUUGACCUUCCAGAACACGGCCUUAGGGGAACUGAUGAUGGGAGCGUGCAGAUUCCUGGUGACUGGGCUGCAGAGGGAGCUGGAGGAUCUGUGUGUGUCACUUCUUCUGUCGUGGUCCGCUAAAGCUGGCGGUGAGGCUGCAUGUGCUCCCGCAGAGGACCGGUCUAAAAUGGACCAAGAGGGCCUGGAGUCAGCAGAGGAGAGCCUGGCUAACCGCACCUCUGAGCUGGAGUUGACUGGUCUGGAGAUGCUACCAGAAAAACCACCAGGGCCGAACCGCAAGAAACCAUUUUCAGCUGCUGGAUCGCUGGGUCCAGCUUCAGACCAGAAGGCAGUCAAACGCGUCACUCCAGCCUCCAAGUCAAGCUGUGCAUCAGCUGCAGACAAAUCACAAGAUCUAGAGGAACCGAGGUUAAGCCCAGAGAACUCAACAGGAAGCUCGUCACAACGCAAAUCCACAGAUCCUCGUUCCUCAGAAGCAACAGGCGGCGGCUUUGAUGCUCUGCUCCCACAGUUAUACUGGUUUUCCCAGCGUUACAACUACCCAGCACUGGGUCAGGCCUGCCUCUCCCUGCUGCUGGGCUGCCAGGGCUGUCCUCGGCACUUCCUGUCCUCCUCUCACGCUGGCGAAUGCCUUCGCCGACUCGCCAGCGAGGCCGACUGCACACGGACUCUGAAACAGGACCUAGUGGGUCUGGCCACGCUGGCGCUGAGCUGAGACGUGGAAUAUUUGAGUAGAGAGCUUGGUAGCAUGACAUUCACAGGGCACCUUAUCAAAUAGUACUAGUGCAGGUAAUGAGCACUGCAUGAUGAUGUGAAGUAUGUGAUGUAUAAUUUUCUGCAGCAUUAACUGAAAAUUAUGGCUGUAUUUUCACUUGUUUUGGUCAAAAAUAUUUCAAUUUAGUUUUGAUAUAAAUUGAUGAAUUGUAAUUAAUGACAUCAUUUUGUUCUAAUUUACUGCUAGAUUUUUAUGUUUAACAACUAUUAGCAAAAUCGCUGAAUGCCGUUAUGCUGAUUACUGGAAUCACCAGGGUUGGUCAGGUGCCUCUUGUUUAUUUUGUACAUAGAAUAAUAUGAAGUAGCAUAUAUACAGUGUAUAGGCUUCACCUGCCCCUCAAACAUUUAUGCCACUAAAUAUACUGCUGAAACAUCA